AUGCAGGCUGCUACAACAACAGAAACAACUGCAAUCGAAGCCGCCAAGGUCGAAGCAACCGAGGUUAAAGCAGCAGAGGUUAAAGCAACGGAGGUUAAAGCAACAGUGGUUAAAGCGACAGAGGUCAAAGCAGCAGAGGUUAAAGCGACAGAGGUUAAAGCAACAGAGGUUAAAGCAACCGAGGUUAAAGCAGCAGAGGUUGAAGCAGCAGGGGUUAAAGCAGCAGAGGUUAAAGCAGCCAAGGUUAAAGCAGCAGAGGUUACAGCAACAGAGGUUACAGCAACCGAGGUUAAAGCAGCAGAUGUUGAAGCAGCAGAGGUUAAAGCAGCAGAGGUUAAAGCAGCAGAAGUUAAAGCAGCAGAUGUUAAAGCAACAGAGGUUAAGGCACCAGAGGUUAAAGCAGCAGAGGUUAAAGCAACAGAUGUUAAAGCAGAAGAGGUUAAAGCAACAGAGGCUACAGCUGCAGAGAUUGAAGCAACAGAGGUUACAGCAGAGACGGAGGAAGCAGCAGGAAUCAAAGCAGGAGCACCAGCAGAAGAACCGGCAGUGGUGUAUGUAUUCGCUGCUGUAGAAGCAUCUGCUGUAGACACUCCGGCUGCAGAAAAUCAGGCUGUGGCAAAUCCUGCUGUGGCAAAUCCUGCUGUGACAACACCACUGGUGACAAUUCCUGCUGUGACAACUCUUGCUGUAGCAGCUCCGGCUGUAGCAACACCGGCUGUAGAAACACCUGCUGUAGAAACACCUGCUGUAGAAACGCCUGCCGAAACAACUCCGGCUGUAGCAACUCCAGCUGUAACAGAGGCACCGGCAGCCACAGGAUUAAGGUCCGCAGCUAGCGGGAUAUCUAAGACGAUAGCUGGAGCACGUUCAGUAGAUGCUGCAGUGACAGUGCCUCUAUGGCCCACGGACGAGAGGCACGUGGGGAGGGCUGAUGAGGAGCAAAACGUCUCAAAACGGCCCUGUCCCUUGUCACCCCGGUCCCUGGAGCAGCAGCAGGCGGAGAAGGAGAAGAAGCAUCUGUUGUCAGUGCUCGGUGCAGCUCCCCCCCUCGUGGCCAUGGCUUUUGGCGGAAUGGUCGCCAUGUCUUCUGGAUGGACUGAUGGGAUGGAGGCUGUCGGUAUAGCAGCACUUGUGUCCUUCAUUGCACAUGACUUAUGGCCAGACGAGAAAAGGGCGCAGCUACGCUGGGAGCUGAGUAACAUUCGAAAAUGGCAUGACGUGAGGCUCUUUCUCUGGCAAAGGAAAAUUACUCAUAGAAUUUGA